AUGGCCAAGGUUGCGGAAACGAUGAAGGGAGAUAACGAAGACAGCAGAAGCAGUAUUGGACUUGCGACAGUACUUAUCUUGGCGAUGGUGGGAGCUGCGCUGGGAGCUGUAUCCACCGGACAUUCGAGACCUUCUACUGCCAUUAUCAUUGCCGCCAUCGCUAGCGCUGUCUUCGCCAUUGGUAGCAGCGACGAUGGAGAAAUCGUCACCGCCGACCAGAAGCCUGAAUUGACGGGAGCUUACAAUAGAGAUAGCGCCGUCAAAUAUUUUGACGAGAUAAAACAUACCCUUACAAAUGCACUUACGGACGCCGAAAGUGUACUUGCUUAUAUGAAUCUCUCCGGCAUGCCGCGAACGCCGCUCAACUCCACGGAAAUACGAGAGAGUAGAAAUUCUGAAAAGCAUUGGCAUCGACGUGGAGGAGCCGAACAACGAGGAUUUUUAUGGUCAAAGGGAGAUUAA